CUCCGAAAGCAUAGGCAAAACCGGUAGUGUGUUAGUGAUACCGUCAAGCAUUGGCAAACUAGAGAGUCCUUUGGUCAAGGAGCCGGAAACCGGCGAGAGGUCUUCAGUGGGUGGAUUGUACACGACGGUCGACUUAAAAGACGACGAAGAAGAAGUUACGCCGAGGCUUAACAGAUCGAAAGACAGAUUCAAUAUCAACCACGCCAACCCUAACAAGAAAUUAAAUAACUACUCCGUUAUUUGGCCCCGGCACGCGCAGUCUGACCACCUCGGCUCUCCGGCAAACCAGCACAAGCCAGUCUUAUUUGCCGGCAACACAUUCUCGG